AUGGCCUGCAAGGAGGACGCGUUCCCCCUGCUUGAUGACGAAGGUGCGAGUCACCACCAUGGGACUGAGCAGCAGGACAAGAAACCACCGCCAUCGCGCUUCGACAUCGAGAGCAGCUCGUUUGGCGGUUCGGGGACCGUCCGAGAGCGCCAACAACAGCAGCAGGACCACACGCGAGACCGAGCGGUGUCUCGGCCAUCAAGGGGCAUCCAAGUAGCGACUCCGGCGCCGUUCGAGCCCAUAACCGAUCCAUUCGCGUUCGUGUGCGAAAUGGCGCGGAGACCAAAGUUUGGCCACCAGUAUGUGCUCUGCCCCGAACGUAGUCGGCGGCGCGGAGACCGCCGCGUGGGCCUCAGCGUAGGCCCGCACUGGGCCGGCGUUAUCUACACCAUCAGCAUGAUCUUCGUCAUCACCCUGUUUCUGGUCAGGGUCCUCAUCGGACCGAACGUGGCGCCAUGGUGUCAACCCGUUAUCGUCGCCUGCUCCAUGGUGACCGUGGUGUUCUUGCUGGCGACGGCGGUUGCCGACCCGGGGAUAGUGGUCGAGUCUGCCGAAUCAGAAGGUGCAAGUUGCGGGUAUUGCGAAGAGUGCUCCAUAUGGAGGCCACAGGGGGCGGAGCACUGUGAAGAGUGCGGGGUGUGCAUCUUCGGAUUGGAUCACCACUGCCCCUGGAUGGGAAAAUGCGUGGGAAGGGGCAAUAUUUUGUGGUUCAGGCUUUUCAACGGCUCCUGGAUACUGUUCCUCUCGUUUUUGAUGGUGGCCAUGCCUUGGAUAAACAGUCACAAAGAUCCGGUGACGGACCGGUGA